AAAAAUGAUGGAACAAAAUACGAAAUCGAAACAUACAAAAUCGUUGAUUCAUCAAAUGACAUACAUGCUUGGACGACCAACGUUAGAUUGGGAAAAGGAGAUAAAGGAGUUGAUAUCAUUGGAAGUUACAAAGAAAUGCAAUUUAUCAUCCAAUGCAAAGAUUUUGCCAAAAAAUUGAGCAUUAAUUAUGUGAGAGAAUUGAAUGGAAUCAUGACAAAUAAUUCCAAUUUGUUGAGGAUAAUGGUUUCAAGAGGGGGUUUUACGAAAAAUGCAUUAGAUUUCGGGAAAAAGAAUAAAGAUUUGAUACUUACAGAUUUAAAUAAUAUAUUAUCAGAGAUUCAGAAUCAUUACGAGAAAAAUAAAAUCGAAAUAAGUAAUGCGAGAGAGCAUGCCAGAAAUCUGUGCCAG